AAUGUACUGAAGGAAAUCUCGAAUCUCAAUCCUGUGGCUGUUUAACUAAUCCAAGCGUCUGCAAUUGUGAAUCAUCUAAGUCAUCCAGAGCUUUAAAUAAAAGUGCAACGGACGACAUAAACUAUACUGUUUUUAAUAUGAAAGAUCCUCUUCCGUUUUUAACGACUAAGCUACGUGUGUUUAGAAGGCGCCAUAAUACUUGGUGGAGGGUGGUCCCAAUAAUUACACUUGAUAGUAUGUCAGGAAUAUACGCAAAUAAAGAUUUGUCAGCUGUAUUCACUUCUCAUGUCGAUAUGAUUCGCUUGGAAAAAUCCCUAAGCUUUUCAAACCAAAAACUUGUAAUUCCUAGAGCAAAUGAUAAAAAACGACAUUUGAAUACUUUAAAAGAAUUGCAGAACAACAUUGCUAAUAGUUUUCUGAUUGACACUUCGAGUAAGAACAUAUCAAUUCGUGAAAUAAAGAACUCCAUUAAUUUGAACAAGGAAAAAGAUGGAAAAAAAUCGGUCUUCAUAACUAGAAGCAUAGAUGGUUUGGGGUAUUUUCCAGUCUCCAUGAAUGCUUUGGAAAAUUGUCCUCAUAAAGACAAACAUCUAUGCUUAAAUAUUCGGGAAGAAAAAGUACCAGAGUUUAGUAUAAAGCUUAAGAUCCCUUUUCGAGAAAAUGCCCUUGUUAUCCGAAAUAAGCAUAUGGUUAAAAUAUCGAGAAUUGUUACCGACGCCACGACAAAAGAUGCGCUUCAAAUCUCGAUCGAUGUUAUCAACAAAGGAUUUGAGGCACAGGAAUUUACCAUAUAUGUUUGCAAUUGUGAACUAUCCAAAAGUCCCUCAAUUAAAACUAGUGUCAGGAAAUUAUUGCAACCUGAUAUCGGCCAAACCGUCACAUUUUUACUGCCUUUAAUUACAGGCUCAAGGAAAAACAAUAAAUUUAGUUGUGAUGGUAAGGUCAAGGUAGUAUCUUAUGUACUUGGACCAAGUUUAAUUAUAUUUGUUGAUUUACUUAUAGUACUGGUUAAAGCAAACCAAUUCAAAGAAUUUGAUGAAAUGGAUUUGCCGAAAAAUAAUGACCUAAAAGUUGGAAUUGUUGCAAAGAGAUCGAUGGACAUUAAAUGCAACUCCAGGUGCUUUUGUGUUUGGCGAUGUCGAUGCCACUGCAUUGGAAAACUGGAAACUUUUAUUAACUACAAUGCUUGUGAAAGAAUGGACCCGAAGUCGGAAAAAGAGGCUGGUUUAAUCUACAAUUGUCCUCCUGGUAAUGAAAAAAAUGAUGUGUGCAUUAAGGACAUUUCGAACGAACGCAUCGAGGACACCACAUGCAAUCUUGGUUGCCAAAUUUUGGCCAUUGCAUUGCUAAUUUUGACUUUACUAUUUAUAUUGGGUGUCUUAAAAGCGAUUCUUGGAAUAUGUAUUCAAUCAAUAGGUCGUUGUGGAUUCGACACAAUCCAACCUGGAAGGACAUAUGAAUGCACUUCUGGGAUAAGAGUAUUUUUAAUCAACUGUUUCUUCUUUAUUAUAUUUCCUUUUGCAUGUUGGUGUACAUUAUUUCGACCAAAGGCCAAAGACAUAAUCGAGGCUUCCUCGGAUUGGUGUGUUACUUCCAAUUCAGAUGAUGAAAUUGAGUGCAACUGUGAAGAUUCUAGUUCAACAUGUCGACUUCACGGUGGCCAGGACAAGAACAUCCACAACGAUUUAGUGCUCGCAUUUGCGCCACUUCAUGAAAACGGUUUAUUUAAGGACGAAAAGUCAGAUGACGAGGAGAGUCAUUUGUUUAUUUUGGAAGUGUUGGAGGAGAGCAAGAAUUCAUUGAAUAAAAUGAUGAGCCAAGCUUCAGAUCCCACUCAAAAUGUUGAGCAAAGUAAGGAAAGUAAUGUCGAUUUGAUAGCAGCCGAGGAAUACAUAGAUAGUCUUAGGAACUCACCAGUUGCCUAUAGAACAAUGAGUUCGCCAGUGGGGGGAGUGAUCGACAUUCCAGACAACUAUCAAUAUUGUGUGAAAGGGUUCUUUUUACCCACCGUCAAUUCUACUUAUGAAUUCAUGAGCUAUCAUCCAUUAACUCAGUUCCUGGGAAUCUCAAAGGAGAACGAAGUUAAGAGACUGCCACAACCCCAAUAUAUCUACUCAGAUGAGUUCUCUAAGAUAUAUGCUGACAAAACGGAGGUCCUUAAAGCAGGAGACCUUUCAGUGGUUCCUCCCUUAAAUGUACCUUGCAUAAACAUCGACCAUUGGAAUCAGUUGGAGAAUUCCUUUGUCAAACUUUCAACGCAGCAGGAACAGUUAAAAGCUAAUAAGAAUGAGGAAUCAGGACCUUAA